UCUCUGUUCCGCGAUCGUCAGUCUUCUUUUUCUGCUUCGAUUCUUCCGAUUUUCCGUAGCUGGGUGCUUCUCGACUUUUUUCGCCACCACCAAAAGCAUCAUCCAUCCAUUGCAAGGGGGAAGCAUCAAGCUAAAAGAUCUAGGAAACAUCACCGUGCAACGCGUGCUAAAGAAGGAUCAGACAUCGGAUUCCGCAACCACCCAGGUAGAUGGCCAACAUUGGAAGGGACAACAUGCUGAACGAAGAACAGGAAUCGUCCCAAUCGAACAGCUCCAAUGGUUCCGGAGCUCUUCAACAGCAAUCGUCCGGAGGAUUCCAGUUGAAAUCGAGCAUCCUUCGGCAGCCAGCGACUUUCGGAUCCGGGGCUGGUGCUGGCGGAGGAUUCGGUGGCAUAUUCGGGGGUAGUUCUGCCGGGGGAUCUUCCGGACCGAUCAACAGCUUCAAUCUGAAGCCCAGCGUUUUGAAGCCUUCGCACUUCGGGGGAGGAUUCGUAGGUGGAUUCGGGGACAAGAAAGACGGUGACGACCAGAAUCAAACGAACAGCAAUAGCUUUGCCGGGACGAAUCCAUUCCUGAAGACGCAGGUCAGCGAAGACGACGGAUCGGAUUCGAAGAAGGACGAGGACAAAUCCCGGGACGGGACGGGAGAAAACGGAGGAGACCCGUUGGCCAAAUUGAACCGAGCGACGCUGCCCAAGUCGAAUCUGUUUGCCAACGUGAAAGCAAUCACACAGAACACGGGCUUCGUGUUCGGACAGAAUGUCCACGAGCGGGUCACCGGUGAUAAUCUGCAGACGGAUUCUGGUUCGGUUCCGACGGCCGGGCUGUCAUUCUCCAGUGCUGUGGCCACCACCAACAACAGUAACGAUUCGUCCUCGUCGAAUCAGGGCGGCGUUUCUGCCGGUGGUCAAACUUCAGCAGCUUCCUCGGGAGCAAGUGGAGGAACAUCGGUGGCUCCCUCCGGUGGCAACAAACCAGAGGGAGGAGACGAAAGCUUAGAGGAGGCUGCCCGCCGUUACGAGGAAAGCCGAGGUGCCCUGAAGAGGAAGUUUGACGAAGUGGAAACCGUUACUGGCGAGGAAGACGAACGGAAUGUGGUCGAAGCGAACUGCAAGCUGUUUGCGUUCGCGAAGAGUAACUGGGAGGAACGGGGCCACGGAACGCUGCGGCUCAACGAUAAGGACAGCAACGAGUCGAGGGUCGUGUUCCGACAGGCCGGCAAUCUGCGGGUGCUGAUCAAUACCAAGGUUUGGGCCGGAAUGACGGCGGAACAGUCCAGUCCGAAAAGCUUGCGUCUGACCGCCAUGGACAACAACGGCCAGGUGAAGGUGUUCCUUGUGAUGACCCGCCCCGAGGUGAUCGGCAAAUUGCACAAAGAGCUUUCCAAGCGCAUCCAGGUGGCCAAGGAGAACGCCCCAGCUGAGGUGGAUUCCCUGUUACAGGACGACGAAGCCGGUAAAGAGAACAACAACGACAAUGCUGCCACCACCACCACUACUAGACCGAGUGAUUGUGAAGACGAUUCGGCGACAGCAGAUAAUGCAACCAGCAAGGAAACCGAAACGGAAGAACCUUGCGCGAAAAAGCGACUAAGUUCGUCGUCUUAAGCCACCAACCGUGUCACUUUUCAUCAAGCUAUCUAUUUUAUCUAUCGUAUCUACAAACCAACACAAAAAUUAAGGCAAGUCAUCCGCAGGAUGAUAGAAAAGAGGUCAGCACUACCCAAUUUGCUUAGAUUUCCGCUCAAAAAAAAACACAUACAAAAUGGUUAUUCAAUUGCAUAUACUAUUGAAGGGUAAAAUUCCUUCCCCCAGGAUCGAGAAGAUAAGAUUUCGGGCUACGAGUUUAUAAAUAUUCCACUGAAAAAAAAAUCAUUUUCUUCCUUAUUUCCAAUUUUAAUGUGUCCUAAAUAGAUGUUGAAAUUGAACUGUUCGCAUGCAGAGACGGCAUGCAUCUCAACCACAGAUAUUGGGUUUGUGGAGAACUUUAAAGAAUCUGCUGCCCUGAGCAAGAGGGAGAGAUAUAGGAGGCGAAUGGCGACAUGGAACUGUAAAAAGCAAUUUCGAUCUGCGCGGUUAAUCGGAGUGAGAAUUGAGACUUCAUCUAGAGCGUCAUGUCGACUGUCGUCAGUCAAUCAAUGCUCGUCUUUGUCGUCGUUUAAAUUAUUGAUACUACUACUAUCCAACAGUAGAAGUAACAUUAGUAGGUUCAUGUUUGUGUAAAAAAAUGUAACGAUCAAAUACAGUGAAAUACAACAAGUAACAAUGUGGAAUGAAAAUAAACUACAA